GAUCACGAGGCUGUGUGUGAGUACGUUCAAGUUCCAUGCGUGCAUUCAGGAUGCGGUGAACUGGUGACUAGAUCAAGUCUGAUAGAGCAUCUUGAGAAGUCGUGUCAAUUCAGAAUGGAAAAAUGUGACCACUGCCAAACACUUGUAGAGUUUGCAUUUUUGAAGGUAAGAAUAACUCUAUUGAAAUUCGGCUGUUUACCUUUAAGUUGUCGUCAUUUGGAACAGGAUCCUGAAGUAAUUUAUAUUUAACGUACUUUUACAUCUUCCUUUCCAACGAUAAAUUUCUGACGCUCAUUGACUCUUUGCAAAUUUCAUGCCUCCAAGCUACUACAGUCUCAAAUCGUCAGAAAUCGGUGGUGGUAAAAGGUCUCAUAAACAUGAGAGCUUUCUACCUACAUUACUGGUCUCCAUUCAAAUCCUGGUAGGCCCGGAGAGCAUGCUCACAGCGAUCUCUAACUUGAUGACUAAUAAUUAAUUGUUAAAUUAAUUAAUAAUUCAUUAUGCACAGGAACAUCAAGAAUCUCAGUGUCCCUCCGUCCCCGUGACUUGCACAGAAUGUGGGAGAAAGGACAUACCUCGUUCUCAGGUGAGUUAUGCUUCGAGAAGUUUUCUUCUUUCUGGGGUUCUGCUUUUUUUACACACUCCUCGAAAUAAUGAUUCCAGAUUUAAAUUUGUUCUGCAACGCACGCGUAAAUGUGUAAACGGGUUGUUACCAGCUAGCCCCUAGACAGUAACACUGGAAUAAGAUGUUUGAGACUUGAUGUUGGCGUCUAUCUUUCUUACUCAGAUACGUGCCCAUAUUGAUCUGGUAAAUGGAGACUGUGAAGAAAUACAAUCAAGUUGUCCAUGGACGCAAAUUGGAUGCCGUGAGACUAAGCUAUGCAAAUACUUAAGAUUACUUAAGUUAGGAGGGGAUUGCAUAUUAAGGGGGCCAACGUUAAACGGGUAGGUUUUUUCGUGAAUGGUCAGCACACGUAAGGAGAUGCCACGAUUUUCCCUCUCCCUCUCCCCAGAGGUUGAUCAGACUACUUGUUCGUAAACAAGAAUGGUGCGUAGUGGGGGGGUGGGGGAGUCUACUAGGGAAUACUCAUACUGAAGGAUCCUUAGAUUGUGCAGGUAAGAGAAGAAAAGACGUCUCCAGAAAGCUCAAACCUGAGUGGUGAUCAAGGUGGCAUGAGCCACUAUUGAAUCCACUUGACGUUUGAUUGAUUGUAUUCUCCAAGUCAGCAAUCAUUCGGUAAUCUGUGGGUGGGCUGCGUGUUUAUUAACGACUCUCAGCCUUAAUAAACUAUGUCGUUUUCGUUUUCUUUAGACUAUGAAACUGCAAGAAAGACGGAAGCAUGAAGAGGACAGUGCUUCCGGUCAUCUGAUGCUCCUUUUUCAAACCGCAAUGCAGCUCUUCUCGAUGGUUGGUAGGACUAUGCGCGAAUCUGGUCAAUUGUCGAUGAAUGGCGUAAAUCUACCAAAACAGAAAGAUCUGGAACGCUAUGCUAAACAAGUUGAGAAUACGCUGAAAGAGAAUGAAGACUUAAAAUCAAAACUGGCACAACAAGAAGAGAGAAUAAGGCAGCUGGAAAGUUCUAGACAGAAUAGCUCAAACUCAGCAUCAGCAUUUGAUUCAACGUUUGUCAAGGAGCUUUUACAGAGGUUAACUACAGAAGAAGGAAAGACGGCCAAUCUCGAGCUUUUGCUCGUUGAAGCAAACAGAUUAAGCGAAGAACUUCAGAGAAAGGUGUCUACCGCAGCCAGGCAACAGGAGUCUUCGAAUGGAACAACUGAUCGACUACAAAGACAGUUCGAGUCCAUGAGUCACUCACUAGCACUUCGUAAUGUUAUGCUGACAGAUUUGGACGAAUCUGUGAGGCAGCAGGAAGUCUCCAGUCACGAUGGAAUCUUGCUUUGGAAAAUCACCGAGUUCGCUAAAAAACGCCAAGACGCCGUCUCCGGGCAACAGACAUCAUUUUAUAGCCCAUGCUUCUUUACCAGUCGCUAUGGAUACAAGAUGUGCGCGCGCAUCUACUUGAAUGGUGAUGGUAUUGGAAGAGGGACACACAUCUCGGUAUUCUUUGUUGUCAUGCGUGGUGAGUACGAUGCGUUACUCCGCUGGCCAUUCAGACAGAAGGUUACGUUCAUGCUGCUGGAUCAGAAUAACAUAGAACACGUGAUCGACUCCUUCAGACCUGAUCCAAACAGCUCAUCCUUCCAGAGACCAAGAAGAGAAACAAACAUCGCUAGUGGGUGCCCUACAUUCUGUCCUUUGUCGGAAUUAAACGACCAUGCCUACGUCCGAGACGAUACUAUGUUUCUGAAGGUCAUAGUCGAUACGACGGAUUUAUAA